GCUCAUUGUACCACUAGUAUAAAAUACCGAUUUGACCCAAGUGUCUCUCAGCGGCCAGCUCCAGCCAUGGUUGAACGAACCCAUAUUGCGCUUGUUAUUUCCCUUUUUUGCCUCAACUUGGAUGAACCGUCUGUCGGCAAGCAAGCCAAAACCAUCGCGAGACUCGCCAAGAGCACACUACACCUCUCUCAAUAGUAAUAGCUUACAGAGCUUGUCCCCUCUCCAACCACGCACACUUAGCUUCAUUAACUAUUGUUCAAGCGGCUUGCAUCUAGCCUUUGAUCACCCGGUGACGUCUUUGGCCUGUGUCUCCCCCGCUACCUACGCGGUGCUCGGGCAAAUGGAGCCUAAGCAGGGCCCGUUCGACGUCUCCUCUCUCCGCGCAAGCAGGAUUUCCACCAACAUAACAAAAGGGAGAGGAGGAGAGAAUAAUAUAUUAUUAUAAGUGCAACCCCUGCUCGCAUGCCCCUGCUUACUGACGUAUGAUUCUUUGAAUCCACAUUUAAACCCCCUUGCUCUUGUCAACCCGCUCUGUUUCGAGUUUCAUCCUCCUCCCGCCACCUCAUUAACCAUUCUCUCCUUCUUGACCCAGCUGGUAUUGUUAGAAAACACCACUAACGGGGAAUCAUAUUUGGUUAAAACACUGGAAUCUGCAGAUAUAGCUGAGUAGUCGUUGCUUUCAGAUCUCCUUGGAAUCUACUUCAGUCGAAACACGCCAAGUCGGGAAACAUGGUUGAAUACAUUCCACCCCCCGAUUCUCGGUCCCUCAUUCCUCCUCUCCUCGCUUGCAUUGCUACUGCGUUUGCCUCUCCCAAUCCGCCUCCCGCGUUGCUCCCAUUGCUUUCUCCAACCCUUCGGCAGCGUGUACAGAUCCUCAGCUCUGUCUCACAAUCUCCGUCGGAUUCAUGGCUACGAUUAUUAUGUUGGGACGCCGGGAAAGCAGAACGGCUACAGAACAUUGUCGAUGGCACGACAUUUGAACCGCAUCCUGUUUCUGGGGAAAUUGAGAUCCCAGAUGAUGUCCCGAUCACGUACAAGCGAUUAGACUUGGAAACCCUUCGAUCGCAGUUCUCCAUCCCCGACUAUAACCUUUCGGUGUUGUAUGUCUGGUGUCCUGUAGAUCCAGAAGGAAGCGGGCCAGGUUGGAGGGUUGCAGAGGUAUUGCCAGGCGAUGCUCUGCAGGAGGAGGCGGGUAGCUGGUCAAAAUCUAUUGAAGAAGCUGAUGAAUAUCGACAAACGAAAAUUCUGCAAGACGCAUUACAGGAAGCAGAGGAUGCUGAAUCUCGAAAGUCCGCCUCCAGUAUUACCCAAAGCCGUGUGGUGAAACCAGAGAAGGAGGACGAAGACGAUGAUGACGGUUACUGGGCGCAAUAUGACAAUACCCCAGGCAGGACUCCGUUAAAACGAUCUCCUGCUCCGACCCAGCUUCAACCCAACGGUCUUGGCCCAGGACCAUACCCAACCGCUUCAGAUUCCUACUUCGCCAGAUACAACGGGGUGCAACCAGCGUUGGACAAUGAUGACCCGUCUGUCGAUCAAAGCGAGAUAGGACAGUCGACAUUGAACGGCGAUACUAUUGCUUCUGUCCUUCGACGACAGUCAGAAGCCAUGCUGACUGACCGACCAACUGGUGCCGCCCUCUAUGGUGAUGACAACGACAACGACGAGUCUCACGCAAGGCCCCACAUACCUUUGAACCACCCAAGACCUUCGUCAGCAUCUUCCUCUGCCGGCUCAGAAACGGUUAGCAAACUAGAGAAGACAGCAGAAAGUCAGUCAAUCUCGGAAAUUGGAGUGAAGCAACACAUCUCCUCGAACAUCAAGAGUCUUUUUAGGUUGGCAAGGACGACGGGAUUGUCUAGGGCAGAGUUUGAAUCGAUCGUCAGGAGAGAACUGGACUGCCUCUCCUUGAUAGAUGUGGAUGACUAUGAUGAAUGAGCAAAGCGUUUGUAGGAGCUUUUUUCUUUUGUAUCUCGCGCAUUUUCAUAGCGGAUAGCAUUCCGUCCGCAUCUAUACCAUAAGCAUGUAUAACUACCAUUUUGCGGAGUAUAUAUAUUUAUAGCUAAUUGGAUAUUUUGAUUUGAUUGUGCAUGUUUUGAGGGCAAUUAGCUGUAAUUACGCCGCAUGUAUAACUAUCAUAUGCAUUGCGUGUGUUUAGCGAGACAGGAAUGCAAAUCAAUAUACCCAUCAAUAUCGAUUAUCCAAUAUUACAGCGUAC